GGCAGAUGGACAAUAGUAGGAUGAACUCCUUCUUAGAGUAUGCAAUUUGUAACCGUGGGACGAGCGCCUACUCGCCCAAGGGCUACCACCACUUAGAGCAAGGCACAGCUUCCUUCCCUGCCUGCUCAGGUACCCCUGCCAGUGACAGCUACCACGGAGAUGGGCGCCUGGGAGCAGGGGGGAGCACAGCUGCGCCCAGCCACCUCCCCCAGCAGAGCCCUGGCUACCACCCCACGCCCUCCUCUGGCCUUGCCAUCCCCUUCCCGGGCGCUGCCUCCGCAGGGUACCCGCCCCAAGCCUACAACCCGAGCUACGGGCAUCCCCACUUCUACCUCGGCCAACAGGACGCGGAUGGUGCCUACUUCCAGGCACCGGGGUAUGGCCUCAACGCCGGAUCUAACCUCAGCUCCUUGCCAGAGGGCUACUGCGGGGCAGUGGCUGCCCCCGGGCAGUACCAGCAGCACUCGUAUGGGCAGGAGCAGCCAGGCUACUUGCCGGGGGCUUACAGCGGCCUCUCGCCUUCUCUAAACGAAAGCAAGGACCACGCGUGCCCAUCCGAGCAGUGCCCCACCACCAGCGCCACGCAGACCUUCGACUGGAUGAGAGUGAAGCGGAAUCCCCCCAAGACAGCUAAAGUGUCCAAGUACGGGGUGGUCGGCCAGGCCAACACCAUCCGGACCAACUUCACCACCAAGCAGCUGACGGAGCUGGAGAAGGAGUUCCACUUCAACAAGUACCUGACGCGGGCCCGGCGGGUGGAGAUCGCCGCCACCCUGGAGCUCAACGAGACCCAGGUCAAGAUCUGGUUCCAGAACAGGAGGAUGAAGCAGAAGAAGAGGGAGAAGGAAGGACUCGCCCCCGCGGCGCCCCCCAGGGCUGCCAAGGAAGCGGGGGAAGCCUCGGACCAGUCCAGCUCCACUUCACCUGAGGCCUCUCCCAACUCGGUGUCCUCCUGAAAGGACGCCGAGGAGGAGCAGGAAGACACGGUCCCCGCACGCCACUUUGUCCGCCUUCCAGAGGCAGCUGCUCCAUGCCAAGCAGAAGAGCUCACAGAUCUGUGUAAAGUAGGGAACAGACACACACACGCACACUGCUCCGACUGGUGCCUUUUUUUUGCAAGAACUGCUUCACUUAAGUGUGAUGUCAAAUCAUCCUGCCUGCUUUUUUUUUCCUUCUCUCUUCCCUUCUCUUAAUUUAUGAGACCAUUCUGCAAGCAUCUGGACCUCCAAAGGAGCGGCUGUGUUUUUGCCGGACAUUUCUUAGCCUGACCCGUUCGUCUCAGGGACGUUCCCCCCCCCCAGAUACUUGGGGGCUGCACUUUCAACCAGAGAAACUCAGAAGCGAAUUUAGCUAUCCCCAUUCAAACAAAAUGGUGCACAAUGACUUUUGUCUGCAAGAUGUUGCUUGAUGUAAUUUUUUUUCGUGGCUUUUCCUCCCAUAGGAUUGUAAAAAGUCCCCCCCGCCCUUUAAAUUGUGUAUAUGUUGGAGUGAGAUCUAGAUAUUAUUAAUAAUGGAGAGGCCUUUGCAAACAGACACAGAAACACACACACACAAAUCCUCCCCUCUCCUUUUGCACUAUUGCUGUCUUACAGGGUUCACACGCUGUUCAGAUGCCUUGCGUUAUACACACACACCCCAGCCAAGAAGAAGUUUGACCUCAGGGUACUCGUUGUAGUCUGUUCUGUCCGGGAGUGUGGAAGCUCCCAAAAAGCUGCAGAGUGGACCUUUAUGAGCUAUCGGCCUGCCCAUUUCUACUGAUGGGUUAAAAUAUAUUUAUUAUAUGUUUAAGAGCCUUAAUUCUUAAAGGAAAGUAGCACAGGAAUCCCUCCCCCGCCCCCCUUCAGAUUUGAGCGAGGCCGAUCAAAAUGCUAUUUAACCCUAGAAAAUAAAAACCGUUUUUUCUCCCCUGCAACAAGCUUUAGGAUAAAACAAAUCUAAAAACUUGGGGGGGGGGAGGAACAGAGUUGAGUUUCUUUUAGAUGUAUUCUUUUUUUUUAAGGAGAAAAUGACAGCGAGGGAAAAGAACUAGUGUUUUCUAUCGGGAUUUCCCUCUCACCGCUCUUUUCUGCUCUGUAUUUUGAAAUGAAGCUACCUCAAGACUAAUAAAGUUUACUUUUUUCA